GUACUCUAUGGGUAGAAUUUAAACGUCACUGUCAAAAAUUUUGAUAAAAUUAUAAUAAACAAACAAAGAUUUACGAGCUUUUCAAGUUUUCAGCAAAAGUUAAUUAAAAAUACUAGAAACAAGCAACUGAAACAUGGCUGUAGCCUUCCAGCAACAGAUAUUUGCUCUAGACGCGCGGUUCAAUGCAUAUAGAGCUCCAGGAAAUCCUAACUUCAAAACAUUAUAUAUUAGGCGAAGGAGUCAACUUCUUAGAGAAAACUCAAAAUUCAAGGACAUAGACACCAUUAAGAAGUACAUAAAUAUAAGGAGUCAGUUGCUACAGAGGAGGUAUGGUGUUCAGGACAACAUAUCCAUCAGUUCAUCGUCAUCUCGACAAAGAUCUAACAGCAAGGCAAGUUUGGCAAUUGAAGACAGUUUUACUAUUAAUGCACCAAGAAAAGGUGAUGAUACUAUAUCAGAAAACUAUGCUUUUACUGGAGUACAUCAUAUAUUUGACCAGCAUUCAAAACAAGUAACAAUGGUGAAGUUUGCGAACAAUGACCGUUCAAGGCUAUGCUGUGUGUCUGAUGAUUGCACCGUCUCGGUGUGUAAUGUCACCUCCACACCUCCGAAGGUCACCUUCAUAUUAGAGGGACAUGUUGAAGCAGUUACCGGGUGCGACUGGUCCGCAUCCAACGACCUGAUCGCGACGUGCGCGCUGGACGGCAUGCUGAUGGUGUGGGACGCGCGCACUGGCCGGCGCCUGCGCAUGGUGCAGGACCAGCUCACCGCGCCACUGCUGUGCUGCGCCUUCCAGCCCGCCAACAACAACAUGCUCAUUGCCGGCAACGCUAGAGGUAUGGUGGAAGUUCUCAAUGUUUCGACAGGAAUAUAUCCCAGAGGCGGCACCAGCAUCGUGGGCGGGCGCGUGACGGCGCUCGUGUGCUCCACCAGCGGCAGGAUAUUCUGGGCCGCCAACGAUAAGGGCAUGAUAGUGAGCUACCGCAUGUCGAGCUCGGGCGCCAUGCUGAGCAAGCUGCGGCGCUGCCAGGUGGGCGGCGCCGUCAGCAGCCUCAGCUGGAGCCCCUGGCUGGCGCGCCACCCCGCGCUGCUGGUCAGCGUCGCCGACAACUCGCUCAACUUGUUCAGGAUCACGGAGAGCGAGGGCGGGCUGGUGCUGCGCAAGCGCUUCGGCACGCGGCACGAGGCGGCGCCGGUGCGCUCGUCGUUGUGUCCGCUCGUGUCGUGCGCUGCUGCACGUGUGUUGUGUCGCAGGAUCACGGAGAGCGAGGGCGGGCUGGUGCUGCGCAAGCGCUUCGGCACGCGGCACGAGGCGGCGCCGGUGCGCUCGUCGUUGUGUCCGCUCGUGUCGUGCGCUGCUGCACGUGUGUUGUGUCGCAGGAUCACGGAGAGCGAGGGCGGGCUGGUGCUGCGCAAGCGCUUCGGCACGCGGCACGAGGCGGCGCCGGUGCGCUCGUCGUUGUGUCCGCUCGUGUCGUGCGCUGCUGCACGUGUGUUGUGUCGCAGGAUCACGGAGAGCGAGGGCGGGCUGGUGCUGCGCAAGCGCUUCGGCACGCGGCACGAGGCGGCGCCGGUGCGCUCGUCGUUGUGUCCGCUCGUGUCGUGCGCUGCUGCACGUGUGUUGUGUCGCAGGAUCACGGAGAGCGAGGGCGGGCUGGUGCUGCGCAAGCGCUUCGGCACGCGGCACGAGGCGGCGCCGGUGCGCUCGUCGUUGUGUCCGCUCGUGUCGUGCGCUGCUGCACGUGUGUUGUGUCGCAGGAUCACGGAGAGCGAGGGCGGGCUGGUGCUGCGCAAGCGCUUCGGCACGCGGCACGAGGCGGCGCCGGUGCGCUCGUCGUUCUGCCCGCUGAUGUCGUUCCGGCGCGGCGUGUGCGUGGUGAGCGGCUCGGAGGACUCCGGCGUGUACUUCUACGACGUGGAGGGCGACCCGCAGCACGCCGUCGUCAACAAGUUGCAAGGUCACGCGGCCGCCGUGCUGGGCGUCAGCUUCAGUUACGACGAGAGCCUGCUGGCCACCAGCGACGUGUCGGGGCUCGUCAUCAUCUGGCGGCGCCGGUGACGUCACCACCACCGCCACCUGGCCACACUAUAGUUGUGACACUAAUUAGUACAAGAUCACUCAUAAGAACUGUGCUGAGUUGUGUACGAUCUCUCAGUGAUCUUGUGCUUAUAGUUACUUGUGUAUAGCUACUUAACCUUAGAAAUUGAAUGUCAUUAUCAAACCAUAUUAGUCUCACUGCUGAGCUCAAGUCACCUCUCACAGUGAGAGGGGUUAGGCCAAUAGUCCACCACGCUGGCCCAAUGCAGAUUGGCAAAUUUCACUAAUGAAUUAAUAAAAUUCUCUGGUAGGUGUGCUGGUUUUCUCACAAUGUUAUUCCUUCAGUUUGAGACACGUGAUUUUAAUUUCUUAAAAUGCAUGCAACUUAAAAAAUUGGACUGGAGGGACAACCCACACCCCCCGGAAUCGGAGGCAGAGGUAACAUCCACUAGGCUACUACGGCUUAAGUUAUGAAUGCACUAUAGUUAGUAAUAGAAUGUAAUGUUGCGUUUGUUGUAGUACUAAAUAUUAAUUGUUAAAAUUAUGAAUACAGAAUAGAUUGAAAAUUAUUUAUGUUAUCAAAAUAAAAGUCAUUCAAAGUCACAAUUUUUAUUAAUUAUUUAUUUUUCAUAUAAAUACUGUUGAAUUAAUAAAGUAAAAGAAAUAAUAAAUAGGUACAAUUAUAACAAUAAUUAUUUUAUUGGACAAUUCAUUCAGAUAAUUCCUUGUUACAAUGUAAACAAAUCCUUCGUAUUGGAAAUAUUUUCGAAACAGAUUAGCAUAUUACAAUUAAUUUAUAAAAGCUAGCAAUUACAAAGAAUGCAAGACCACAGACUUGGCUUAAGAUUUCGAGUUGAAAAAGUGAUAUCGACCUAAUUAUAUGUUUCGCCCAAAUAUAGUCGAAACAUUCCAUAUUACUCCAUACAAAUACAACAUUGAAUAUGAAAUCAUUGCACUGUACCCAGACAGUCAGCAAAUGACUCGUUGUGCCAUUUCUCUAUCAUUUAUGGAUCACGACUCAGUUGAUAACGCGCUGACUAGUACGUCUACUUACUAACUGUCACAUGAUAUCAGCCGUGCUAGGUAUGAAGAAGUCAGUAAAAAUACUUUCUUAAAUUUUGUAUGGUAAAUACUCGACAAAACGUCACAUUUUUCGAUUCGAAAACUUAGACCACGACCCCAGAACUAAUAUCAGCAUCUACAAAAUCUAUAUCUCUAAGUAAUCCAAACAAAAUGAACAUCUACCAGCGUAUUUACAUCUGUACAUUAACGAAAAAUAUCUAAAAAAUAAAACUGUAAAGAACAAGAGUUUCAGAACAAUAAAACACGUACGAAAUACGAAUAAAUUUUUCAUCAAUAAAAAAAAAAUUUCAUCUCCGAUUAACUUUUAUUAAAUUAUAUUUACAGCAGUAACUAAACAACUAAAAUGCGAUGAUAUGGAAAUGAGAACAAUUGCACACGAGACACGCUUGGACGAAUUGCACAUCUGAUGACACGACCGCGGCGCGAUACUGGCGCCCUCAUCUCUAUGACUAUCUCCUACACGCAAAAUACAUUUCGUGACGUCAUCCAUGACACCUUUUCGCAUGAGAAAGGAGUAUGACAUCCCUAAAUUGCAAUUAGAGUGCGCGUAAGAUAAGUCUGCGCGCGACUGGCGGCGCAAUUAUGUUGCCAGCGUUAGUGAUCUCUUUUACCCGCUAAGAGAUAGAUAGAGAUAGACGACAAGAUGGCGGCACUUUUGAUUAGUUCCGAUUUUGGCCACGCGCAAAGUUAUCGUGCGAAUACUCUACGACAAAACUAAAGUCCUUGCUGACUACAGAAUAUAAUCUUCCACUUUCCUGAUAUGAAUAGUACCUAAUAUUUGCUAUCUCGGUAACUUCAAAAGAGUGACUGAUUGAAAAAUUUAAUCUACAUUGUUAGUUGGCUGAGUGAUAAACUUUAUUUAAUGAAUAUAUAAUGAUUUAUUUAUUUUGCCAUCAUCCGCGAAAAGUCGACGAACCCAUGCGACAACGUCACCCAGGUCCGGCAAAAUACUCUCUACGUACGUUUCACCCCGAAACCGGAGCAUCCUCAGGAGAUGUUGACUCUACAACGUGCAACAGGGCCGGCCCGUCCAUAUGGCGAACGGAGCGGUCGCUCCAGGCGCCAAAAUGGUAAAGAAAAAUAAAAGAAAUUUCUUUCUUUUCGAUUGCCUAUAUAAGGAACGCUAAAAACUUUUCAAAUGUCCCUAGUAUAAUGUUAGGAGCAAACAGGAGAGGCGCCAUAAUUGGAUCUCGCUCCAUUCUAAAAUUUACUUCGGGCCGGCGCUGACGUGCAAUUGCACGUUGUCGCAUGGGUUCGUCGACUUUUCGCGGAUGAUAGCAAAAUAAAUAAAUCAUUAUUUAAUCAUGAUGAACUUCCGCAAAGUAACGCCUGCUUCUAUCCAAUACUUUAUUUAAUGAAUUUUAUAUAGAGAGUGCUUUAAUUUAUUGAAAGACAUUGAGGUAGCGAAAAGUCCAACAGUAUUUAAAGAUUUUAGAAUUUGGUUUUAAUUGCAUAGUAAAUUAUUCAAAUACCGAAAUACUCAGUCCAAGCAUUUUAUUCAUUUGGUACAAAUAUGGACCUAGACAGGCUCACAUAUAAUGUACUAAAAGUUCAAAUUAACGUUUUUAAAAUAUCAAGAUUGGCUAAUGAAGACUGCAAUCAAAUUAAAAGUUUAGUAGCGCAUUCCCAAAAUUAUAGUGCAAAUAUUGGAAUAACUCAGUUUGAUACUUGAAUUUUCAUUACAUAGGUUUUUUUAACAAACACUAAUAGAUUUUUUUUGCCAGGUGAUUUCAGUCUCUUCUUUCAGUAGCCAAAUUCAACUAGACAUAUUAUCAUUCUUUUAAAUCAUUAUAAU